AAUAUUGGUCAUACAGCAUUGCAAAGCCGCAGUAUAAUAGGCGACCAGUGAACGACGCGAAACGUAAACAAGAUCAUCUGAGAAUUCGCGGCGCCGCAAAUAACGACACUCAUUGAAAUUCACAGAGAAAUAAGACAAUUGGCAAUGGCGCUGACGAUAGCCUUGCCGCUCUCAGAUUUGGAGCCGGAUCAUUUCUACGCUCUAGGUGUACGCCUUCUCUACGAUCUAGGUGUCAGGGCGUUGGCGGGGGCGGCACCUCCGCCAAUGUCACCGAGCAGCGGAAGCGAGAGUAGCGGCUUCAGCAGCUUAGCAACUUCAACGGGACUGUCGACACCGGCCGAAUCCAGACCCACCAGUCCGGAGGACAUCCAGCCCCUUUUGAACCUGCUACGCCCUCUCCAAUGCCUCGUCAUUAGUCCACCGUCUACGACAAUCGCCUACGGAAGUAGAGAUUUGCUAGAUUUGGCGGGAAACAUCCGCGGCCCCGGGUGGCCCAUACUGCACCCGAAUCUUCCACAGGAGGACUCCUCGGCUUCCCUGGCGGACCGUUCCUCUCACUAUCGUCUAGAUGAACACGGCCUCAUGCAAGAUUAUCCAACGAGACGCUGCAAGGACUGCGGCUUCUGCGAGCCAUCGCCAAUUCUCUCGUUUUAACGUCGCCUACACAACAGGUGAACGACGUAACUGAUUAACCUGUGAUAAAUUACGCGGCAGCCAGCAAUAAUAACGGAAUUUCGAUUAACGCGCUACGAAGUACAAAGAUAUUAAGUAUGAUUAAUAGUUUUAUGAUAGACGAAGGAUUUUAUUUAUUAGCACUGCGCAUUGGAAAAUGAGUAAAAGAUGGAAAAUCUGAAUCGGUGGCUUUGUGUAUACACAGUAUACACGAGCACAGUGUACAAUUGCGCUGAAAAUUACGUAGCGCUCUUGUAUUGAUGACUGAAAACAAUAUUGUUAUGUUCUUUACUGACGAAAAAUAGUUCCUAUGCUGGUUACGGGCUGCAGCAAUGUGCAAUAUUGAUGUGUCUCCCCAAAUUCGUUAUAUAUUAUACUGUAUUAUUUCGUACUUGUUCAACGUUAAGACUCAAAACAAUACAGUAUCAGAUGAUCGUACUAUUUUAUUACACUGAUAAGAAUAUAUUAUAGUCUCUAAUAUUUUUGUAAUCUCUGGAGGUGUGCAUUUUAUAUGGUAGAAAAAUAACUCUGCACGCACUAUCCGAUUCAUAAUUUACUAUAGAAACUGUACGUAUCUACACGCAAGUAACGCCGAAUUUCGCAUGAUCUAGACAUGAAGUACCCGACUCUUCUUUACUUGUGUGAAAUGUUUAUUAUAAGUAUCAAGUGACGUACUGUCCUAAUUAUUUUAUUAUGUUAUACGUGCCUCACCAUUUUACAAAUGAUCGAUUACAACGUACAACGUUGACCAUUGUUCUUACUAACUGUUACGAACAAUUUUAUCUGCAAAAAAAGGAAAAACGAAAAAUAAAAACGAGUGUAUAGAUGAAAA